AUGUCACCCGCCCUAUCCUUCGGCGCCACUAACGGUAUCAAUGGCAUUAAUGGACAUUCUGCGGUACCAACCACGAAUGGCGUCGCCAAAAAGCGCCUAGACGGCUUUGGCACCAGGGCAAUUCACAUUGGCUCAGAGGCCAACGACGAGACCGGUGCCGUUAUCCCACCCAUCUCUCUAAGCACAACGUACAAGCAGCAGGCCAUUGGCGUGCACAAGGGCUUCGAAUACUCGCGCUCCGGGAACCCAAAUCGAAACGCUCUGGAGAGCACCCUCGCUGCAUUAGAGUCGGGAGGCGCCCAUGCGCUCGCUUUUGCAUCGGGCUCUGCUACCACUGCGACAGUUUUGCAGUCCCUUGGUCCCAACGCACACAUCAUCAGCGUCAACGACGUCUAUGGAGGCACCUUCCGUUACAUGCGCCGCGUCGCAUCCGAAAAUCAGGGGCUGGAGACUACCUUCCUUGACCUCGAAAAUGCAAGCGACGAGCAGAUUCUCGGGGCGAUCAAGGAGAAUACAAAGCUCAUCUGGAUCGAGUCCCCUACGAACCCAACUUUACGACUCAUUGACAUCCCCCGCAUCGCCGCCCUCGCACACUCACACCCCUCAUCUCCCCUUGUUCUUGUUGACAACACAUUCCUCUCGCCCUUUUACUCUUCUCCUUUGCUUCUUGGAGCCGACAUCGUCAUGCACUCCCUUACAAAGUACAUCAACGGCCAUUCAGAUGUUGUAAUGGGUGCUUUGAUUCUCCCCUCUUCACCCAAGCACACCGCCUUUGCUGACAAGUUGAGGUUCCUGCAAAAUGCGAUUGGAGCCGUCCCGAGCCCGUAUGAUUGCUGGCUCGCACAGCGUGGCGCCAAGACUCUGCAUCUGCGUAUGAAAGCACACGGCCGUAAUGCUCUAGCAGUCGCACGCGCUCUCGAGCGUGAGCCUGGCGUGGAAGAGGUCGUAUACCCUGGUCUUCCGGGAAAGACACCCGAGUCGAGGAAGAAAUACGAGCUGGCAUGGCGCAUGCUUAGCCCACAUGCACGCAAAUUUAUCUCUCCCUCCUCGACACCCGAUUCCCCACCGCCUGCGGAUGGGUUCCCAUUCAGCGGCAUGAUCUCGUUCCGCAUCGCAGGCAGCACACGCGAAGCCGAUGCAUUCCUUACCUCCACUCGGCUGUUCACGCUUGCCGAGUCCUUGGGUGGGGUUGAAUCACUCGCUGAACAUCCUGCGCAGAUGACGCAUGGAAGUAUACCCGCUGAGGAACGUGCAUUGCUGGGCAUCGGCGAGAACUUGGUGCGGUUGAGCGUUGGUGUGGAGGAGGAAGAAGAUUUGGUGGAGGACGUCGUACAGGCUGUGAGAAAGGCAACGGGGAGAGGGGAUGUCGAACUGUAA